AUGCCUCAAACACUUCCCUUCCAAGACAUCCACGUCCCCGUCCCCGGCUUCGGCGCAAUGGGCAUGUCCCACGGCCUAGGCACAAACCUCACGCUCGAACAAGCCGAGCCCGUACUCCUCAAGGCAAUUGAACUCGGCUGCACAUUCUGGGACACUGCGGUCGUGUACGCGGCGGGUGUGAAUGAAAAGCUCCUCGGCGACUUCAUCCGCAAGCACAACUACGCCUCCAUCCUCCCCCAAACACUCAACUGGUGGUUAAUCAGAGUGACAGUCGCGUCCAAAUGUGGCAUCAAGUGUUUCGACGGCGAGUCUGGCGUGACCAAUAGUCCAGAGCAUAUCGAAUCUUACAUCACCGGCACCAUUGAACGUCUAGGCUUCACUCCGGAUUUAUACUACCUGCACCGCAUCGACCCCAACACGCCGCUGGAAGAAUCCAUCACCGCGCUCGACCAGCUGCGCCGCGAGGGCAAGACCAAGUACAUCGGGCUUUCGGAAUGCAGUGCGCAGACGCUCAGGCGGGCGAAUGAGAUCGCCAAAAUCGACGCCCUCCAAGCCGAAUACUCGCUCUUCGAAACGCUGCACGAAUCCGACGGCCUCAUCUCCACCGCGCGCGAAUUAGGCGUUGCAUAUGUCGCUUACUCACCGCUCGGCCAUGGCUGGCUCGUCGACUCCUUCCCGUACAAUUCUCCAGACGACUUCGCGGCCGACGACUUCCGCCGCACGAGUCCGAAAUUCCAAGAACCCAACUUCACUGCUAACAAAGCCAUCGUUCUCGCUGUGCAGGCGCUGGCGAAGAAGAAAGGCUGCUCAACGGCGCAGGUGGCGCUCGCGUGGGUGGCGCAGCAGGGCAUGAUUGCGAUUCCGGGGACGACCAAGGUGGGAAGGUUGGUGGAGAAUUGGGGGAGUCGGGAUGUUGAGCUGGGCGAGGCGGAGAUGGGGGAGUUGAGAAGGCUGGUGGAGGGGACGAAGGUUGUGGGGGAGAGGUAUGGGGAGGCGCAUAGGGGGAUGGUUGGGCAUUAG